AUGUCCGAAAUUGUAGUUUAUCAACGACCUGGCUACGGGACCAAGGGUCAAAAAGCCACACAUUACGUCAACUAUUUUUCAAUGAAUAAAUAUCCAAAAAAUGCAAAAUGGCUCAAAUAUGCGGUCGAAAUCAAGAAAGCUUUUGUUUUGCCUGAGGGAGGUUCUGAUAUGCUUAUCGAUAAGCGAGCCGAUAAGCGAGCCGAUACGCGACGAGAGCCAAAACCUCCGAAAAUAGAAAUCAAACGCAAAGUGUUUAGAGAGCUUGAAAGGAAAAGGGGGGAUGAAUUAUUCAAAAACGUUUCAUACUUUUUUGAUGGCGAAAACACAUUGUACACAAAUAAACCCAUCAAUAUGAAAACUAAUCUCUUCACUAGCUCAGUGUCACUUGAUGAUGAACAGGAAGAAUAUUCGAUACCGCAACUCGAA